AUGGGCCGAAGCCUGCUGAGGCCAGCCGUGACGUCGAACAAAACCCAGGAAGAGCUGUUGGAUGAGAAGGCGCGAAAGUGGCAGUCCUUGAACGCCAAGCGCUAUGGAGAGAAGCGCAAGUUUGGUGUGGUGGAGCAGCAGAAGGAAGAGAUGCCUCCGGAACAUAUCCGAAAGAUCAUCAAGGAUCAUGGAGAUAUGACGGCACGCAAGUUCCGGCACGACAAGCGUAUCUACCUGGGCGCGCUGAAGUACUUGCCGCACGCUGUCUACAAGCUUCUCGAAAACAUCCCGGUCCCGUGGCAGCAGAUCCGCAACUGCCGUACCGUGUACCACUGUAGUGGUGCCAUCACGUUCUGCGCGGAGAUGCAGAAGGUCAUCGAGCCGGUGUACCUGGCCCAGUGGGGUACCAUGUGGAUCAUGAUGAGGCGCGAGAAGCGAGACCGACGCCACUUCAAGCGCAUGCGCUUCCCUCCAUUCGAUGACGAGGAGCCGCCGCUGGAUUACGGCGACAACGUUUUGGACGUGGAGCCUCUCGAGGCCAUUCAGAUGAGGCUGGAUGUGGUCGAAGAUGAGCCUGUCCUGGAGUGGUUCUACGACCCGGUGCCGCUUCUGAACACGAAGCACGUGAACGGCACCAGCUACAGAAAGUGGCAUUUGUCCUUGGCGCAGCAAGGCGUGCUCUACCGUUUGUCCAACCAGCUGUUGUCAGAUUUGAUGGACAAGAACUAUUUCUACCUCUUCGAGAGGAAGUCCUUCUACACCGCAAAGGCUUUGAACAUGGCCAUCCCAGGUGGUCCGAAGUUCGAGCCUCUGUACCGUGACAUGUACGACGAGGACGAGGACUGGAAUGAGUUCAAUGACAUCAACAAGAUCAUUGUCAGGCAGCAGCUCCGGACGGAGUACCGCAUCGCGUUCCCUUUCCUGUACAACUCGCGUCCUCGAAAGGUUGCCAUGGCACCCUACCACAACCAGUCUGUGUGCUACAUCAAAGCGGAUGAUCCGGAUCUGCCUGCGUUCUACUACGAUCCGAUCAUCAAUCCUCUGCCUGCGUACCGCGCAGUUUCUCAUCGAUCUCAAGAUCAGUCCGCAGAGGAUGAUGAGGACAUCGAGAACUUCACGUUGCCGGAAGACUGCAAGCCUCUGCUUGAGGACACUCCGCUCUUCACGGACAGCACGGCCAACGGCAUCACGCUGUAUUGGGCACCCAGACCUUUCAACCUUCGCAGUGGCUACAUGCGACGUGCACAGGAUGUUCCACUCGUUGGACAGUGGUACAAAGAGCACUGCCCGUCGAAUUACCCAGUGAAGGUGCGUGUCUCGUACCAGAAGCUCUUGAAGGUGUGGGUGCUGAACCAGCUGCACCACCGCCCACCCAAGACGCUUAACAAGCGCAACCUGAUGAACAUCUUUGCCACCACCAAGUUCUUCCAGCGUACAGAGCUGGACUGGGUGGAGAUCGGUCUGCAGGUGUGCCGUCAGGGGUACAACAUGCUGAACCUCCUCAUUGCGCGAAAGAACUUGAACUUCUUGCACUUGGAUUACAACUUCAACCUGAAGCCGGUGAAGACGCUGACCACCAAGGAGCGCAAGAAGUCCCGCUUCGGGAACGCCUUCCACUUGUGCCGAGAGAUCAUGCGCCUCACAAAGCUGGUGGUGGACUCGCACGUGCAGUUCCGAUUAGGCAACGUCGAUGCCUUCCAGCUGGCGGAUGGUUUGCAGUACAUCUUCGCCCACGUCGGUCAGCUGACCGGUAUGUACCGGUACAAGUACCGCCUGAUGCGACAGGUGCGAAUGUGCAAGGACUUGAAGCAUUUGAUCUACUACCGCUUCAACACGGGCCCCGUGGGGAAGGGACCUGGCUGCGGCUUUUGGGCCCCGGGCUGGCGCGUCUGGCUCUUCUUCCUGCGCGGUGUCGUCCCGCUGCUGGAGCGCUGGCUGGGCAACCUGUUGGCCCGUCAGUUCGAGGGACGUGUUAGCAAGGGCGUGGCAAAGACCAUCACCAAGCAGCGCGUGGAGAGUCACUUUGACUUGGAGCUCCGCGCAGCUGUGAUGCAUGACAUCAUCGAUAUGAUGCCUGAAGGCGUCCGAGCCAACAAGGCCCGAACCAUCCUGCAGCACUUGUCAGAGGCCUGGCGCUGCUGGAAGGCAAACAUCCCGUGGAAGGUCCCGGGACUGCCAGCCCCCAUUGAGAACAUGAUCCUGCGGUAUGUCAAGUCCAAGGCUGACUGGUGGACCAAUGCCACAUACUACAACCGAGAGCGAAUUCGCCGUGGUGCCACUGUGGACAAGACCACCUGCAAGAAGAACCUGGGUCGGCUGACCCGCUUGUGGCUGAAGGCAGAGCAGGAGAGGCAGCACAACUACCUGAAGGAUGGCCCAUAUGUCAGUGGAGAGGAGGCAGUGGCAAUCUACACCACCACCGUGCACUGGCUGGAAUCCCGAAAGUUCACUCCGAUUCCCUUCCCGCCGCUGAACUACAAGCACGACACCAAGCUGCUCAUCCUGGCCUUGGAGCGACUUAAGGAGCAGUACACGGUCCAGACGCGCUUGAACCAGCAGCAGCGAGAGGAGUUGGGCUUGGUAGAGCAGGCCUACGACAAUCCUCACGAAGCCCUGUCCCGAAUCAAGCGUCACCUGCUUACUCAGCGUGCCUUCAAGGAGGUGACCAUUGAGUUCCAGGACAUGUACUCGCAUUUGGUCCCCUGCUAUGAGAUUGAGCCUCUGGAGAAGAUCACAGAUGCCUACUUGGAUCAGUACCUGUGGUAUGAGGGUGACCACCGACAUCUCUUCCCCAACUGGGUGAAGCCGGCAGACACGGAGCCUGCACCUCUCUUGGUGUACAAGUGGUGCCAGGGUAUCAAUAACUUGACCGACGUCUGGGAUACCUCAGAUGGCCAGUGUGUGGUGGUCCUUGAGAGCAAGUUCGAGAACGUCUCUCAGAAGGUGGACCUCACCCUUCUGAACCGCUUGCUGCGACUGAUUGUUGACCACAACAUCGCAGACUACAUGACGGCCAAGAACAACAUUGUCAUCAACUACAAGGACAUGAACCACACCAACUCCUACGGUCUGAUCAAGGGCCUGCAGUUUGGAUCCUUCGUCUUCCAGUACUACUGCAUGGUUCUGGACUUGUUGAUGCUGGGCUUGACGCGUGCGUCAGAGAUCGCCGGGCCUCCACAGCUCCCCAACGAGUUCCUGACCUUCCAGGACGUGGACACAGAGCUGAGGCAUCCUAUCCGACUGUACUGCCGAUACCUUGACCGCUUCAUCAUGGUCUUCCGCUUCAGCAAGGAGGACUCCAAGGAUCUCAUCCAGAGGUUCCUGACAGAGAACCCUGAUCCGAACAAUGAGAACGUUGUCGGCUACACCAACAAGAUGUGUUGGCCGCGAGAUUGCCGAAUGCGGCGCAUGAAGCAUGAUGUUAACCUGGGACGCGCAGUCUUCUGGGAGAUGCAGAACCGAUUGCCCCGCAGCGUGACAACGCUUGUUUGGGACAACUCCUUUGCAUCCGUCUACUCCAAGGACAAUCCCAACAUCCUCUUCAACAUGUGCGGCUUCGAGGUUCGAAUCCUGCCCAAGAUCCGCACGUUCCAGGAAGAGUUCACGCAGCGCGAGGGUGUGUGGAAGCUUCAGAACGAUGCCACUAAGGAGAUGACGGCACAGGCCUUCCUCAAGGUGGACAAUGAGUCGCAGAAGCAGUUCGAGAACAGAUGCCGUACUAUCCUGAUGGCUUCUGGCUCCACAACCUUCACGAAGAUUGCCAACAAGUGGAACACAAACCUCAUUGGCAUGAUGACGUACUUCCGCGAGGCGGUCAUUCACACGGAUGCGCUGCUAGACCUCCUGGUGAAGUGUGAGAACAAGGUGCAGACUCGAAUCAAGAUCGGCCUCAACUCGAAGAUGCCGUCGCGUUUCCCUCCAGUGGUGUUCUACACACCCAAGGAGUUGGGAGGAUUGGGUAUGCUCAGUAUGGGCCACAUCCUCAUCCCUCAGUCUGACUUGCGGUACUCGAAGCAGACGGAGACGGGCAUCACACACUACCGCAGUGGUCUCAGCCAUGAGGAGGACCAGUUGAUUCCGAACCUCUACCGAUAUGUGCAGACCUGGGAGGCCGAGUUCAUCGACUCGCAGCGCGUCUGGGCUGAGUACGCCCUGAAGCGCCAGGAGGCCACGGCCCAGAAUCGCCGCCUGACACUGGAGGAUUUGGAGGAUGCCUGGGAUCGCGGUAUCCCCCGAAUCAACACGCUGUUCCAGAAGGACCGCCACACCUUGGCCUUCGACAAGGGCUGGCGAGUGCGCCAGGACUUCAAGCAGUACAACAUCAUGCGCCAGAACCCAUUCUGGUGGACGCACCAGCGCCAUGAUGGAAAGCUGUGGAACCUGAACAACUACAGAACAGACAUGAUCCAGGCUCUGGGAGGUGUUGAGGGCAUUCUGGAGCACACCCUCUUCAAAGGCACCUACUUCCCUACCUGGGAAGGUCUCUUCUGGGAGAAGGCCAGUGGUUUCGAGGAGUCCAUGCGCUUCAAGAAGCUCACAAACGCCCAGCGAAGUGGUCUCAAUCAGAUUCCCAACCGACGCUUCACACUGUGGUGGUCUCCUACCAUCAACCGAGCCAACGUCUACGUGGGCUUCCAGGUGCAGUUGGACCUCACGGGCAUCUUCAUGCACGGGAAGAUUCCGACCCUCAAGAUCUCUCUCAUUCAGAUCUUCCGCGCACACUUGUGGCAGAAGAUCCACGAGAGUAUUGUCAUGGACUUGUGCCAGGUCUUCGAUCUUGAGUUGGAUGCCCUGGAGAUUGAGAUGGUGCAGAAGGAGACGAUUCACCCGCGCAAGUCCUACAAGAUGAACAGUUCAUGCGCGGACGUGCUCCUCUUUGCCUCCUACAAGUGGGCUGUCUCCAAGCCAUCCCUUCUCACGGAGUCCAAGGAUGGCUUCGAUGGCACGACCACCACGAAGUACUGGAUCGAUGUGCAGCUCCGAUGGGGUGACUACGACUCCCACGACAUCGAGCGCUAUUGCCGUGCCAAGUUCCUGGACUACACCACUGACAACAUGUCCAUCUACCCGUCGCCGACAGGUGUGCUCAUGGGUGUGGAUCUGGCCUACAACUUGCACAGCGGCUUCGGCAACUGGUUCCCAGGCGUUAAGCCUCUGUUGCACAGGUCCAUGAACAAGAUCAUGAAGGCGAACCCUGCAUUGUAUGUGCUGCGGGAGCGCAUCCGCAAGGGUUUGCAGCUGUACAGCAGUGAGCCUACUGAGCCUUACCUGAACUCCCAGAACUACGGAGAACUGUUCAGCUCCCAGAUCAUUUGGUUCGUGGAUGACACGAAUGUCUACCGGGUGACGAUCCACAAGACGUUCGAGGGUAACUUGACCACGAAGCCAGUGAACGGAGCCAUCUUCAUCUUCAACCCGCGAACAGGACAGCUGUUCUUGAAGAUCAUCCACACCUCUGUGUGGGCUGGACAGAAGCGACUGUCGCAGCUGGCCAAGUGGAAGACGGCUGAGGAGGUCGCGGCAUUGAUCCGAUCAUUGCCGGUGGAGGAGCAGCCCAAGCAGAUCAUCGUGACCCGAAAGGGCAUGUUGGAUCCACUAGAGGCGCUGGACUCUGACCUCUUGCCCCCAAUGUAG